AUGACCCUAGUACAUGCCUUAAAACCAGGCAUUCCGGUGGGCGGGGAUGCUCUGGGCCUCAGCGUGCUGUGCCCGCAGGAGGUCGCCAUCUUGAAUUCUGGCACAGGCGCCGCUGCCCUUACUCCAGAGGGCGUCUUCUUAUGGGCGUGGCCAGUGACGGCGGCUCGGAGGACGCGCGGGGCCAUGGCGGCGGCGGCGGCGGACGAGGAUCUGGAGGAGGAAGAGGACGACGACGACGACGUAGAGGAGGAGGAGCAGUAUGUGUUGGUGGAAUUAACAGGAAUUAUUGAUUCAGACUUUCUCUCAAAAUGCGAAAAGAAAUGCAAGAUUUUGGGAAUUGACACUGAGAGGCCCAUUCUGCAAGUGGACAGCUAUGUCUUUGCUGGGGAAUAUGAAGAUACUCUUGGGACCUGUGUUAUAUUUGAAGAAAAUGUUGAACAUGUGGAUGCAGAAGGCAAUGAUAAAACACUACUAAAAUAUAAAUGCCAUACAAUGAAGAAGCUUAGCAUGACAAGAACUCUUCUGACAGAAAAGAAGGAAGGAGAAGAAAAUAUAGGUGGAGUAGAAUGGCUGCAAAUGAAGGAAAACGACUCCUCCUAUAGACCCAACAUGAUCUGUAGUUUUGUACAUGAAAAUGAAGAUGAAGUUAUAGUUCCAGCCCCUGAAAAACCUUUGGAUUUGGAAGAGCAAGAUAUUCAAAUAAAAGACAGUUCAAAUUUGAUCUAUGAACAGGAAAAACAGAUGCACCUGGAUCCUGGCCUUCUUGCUGGCACUCCUUCUGAGAUGGAAGGUUCUAUUUUUAUGGAAACUCAAGAUGAUGCCUUAGAAAUCACUCCUCGAUAAAAAUGUUUCUCAUAAUAACUUAAAAAAAAGUUUUUACUUAAAAUAAUUGGCCGUGUAGCUUUCAGUUGGUUCACUGUUUAUUAUAGUUUUGGCCAUAUGAAUACUUUCAAGUGAUAGCACAACUUAAUAUUCAAGACACUGAGGACCAGAAAUACAUUUUUAAAAACAUGA